AUGGCGCGCGUAGCUAUGAUAGGGACCGCGGCCGCGGACCCGGUGGCGGACGGGGCUGGUGCGCAAGCGCCGGCCACCGUCGUGCCGCCGGGGAUGCGCAGCGGACGCUGGAAUAGCUCCGAUCGCGUGCAACUGGAGGACGCGGUGAUGGUCGCAAGGAUCGCAGGUGCGUCGCAGGUCAGGCUGAUAAGGCCUGGCUACGCGACCAUCGAGAUCGACCUGAAGCACGAGAAGGCCGCGGGCGACCGCGAGUCGGUUCAGGCCGCGGAGCGCUCGUACGUCGAGCGCACCGCGCCAAAGAAGAAGGAGCUCACCGAUGAGCAGCUUGCGGCUCGAACCGCGUCUCGCAAGGCCAAGAAGAUCCGGCAGAAGGAGCGCCGGGCGAAGGAGGCUGGCGAGCGCGCCGCGAGCGAGGCCGAGCGCGCGGAGGCCCCGCGCGCGCAGCUGCGCGAGAACAUCGAGUACGUGGUGGCCGGGCUGCGGUCUGCAGCUGCGCAGGCGCGCAGCCAGGCCGGGUCCAACAUAGGGGUCGAAUACUCGCUGCCCCCGGAGAGGGACGACGGGUAUCGACGCGGCCCCAGCAAGGUGUACGCAAAGGUUCCCCAGGGGACCGUGGCGACGACCGUCGCCCCGGACUGGCUCGCGAACGAGCUGGCCGGGCGCGGCAAUGCAUGGCGCACUCCUAAGAGUGGUGGUCAGGAGGAUGGCGCGGGCAGCGUACGCGCGGGCGUGGCCAGCAGCGUGGCGACAGCGCUGGCGGCUGCUGGCCCGGCGGGCUUCCAAGGCCGGUGGCACCGCGCCUGGGCUCCUCCCAAGCCUGAGCUCCUCCCUGCAUCUCUGCAGAAUCGGUGGGCGGUCGUCAUGUGCUGCGCGAUGGGUCACUUUGGCUAA